CUCGGAUCCGGCGGGAAACAGUUUCAGUGGACGUAGGACUAUGCAGACUUAUCACCAGCUGAGCGGGGUUACAAGCAAGAGGUGGGAUGAUGGGGUCAGAGCCAUGCCCCCCGUUGACAAAGAUGCUUGCCGUGUCUAUGCCGCCAAAGGUAUAAAAGGGGGUCGUGAUGCGGACUGGCCGGUCCUUCUUUCUGAAUCCCUUUUCCUCAAUCAUUUCAGAGAACGUUUUCCCGGGCACAAGUUCAAUCUGCUCUGGUCACCAGCUUCCAAUCAUCCUCUCAGCAUACCUUCGCCCCAAGCACGCUUCACUUCUCGUCACUUAGCUUGACCCUUCCCGUCCUCGUGUAUCACACCCUCACAAAGCAAACAUGUCUGCUGCACACGCCUACUACCAAUACCAACCCUAUCCCUCGGCACCGGUGCCAAUCCAGGCGCCGCACAAGCCCGGCUACUACUACCCGCCGGCGCAACACGGCUAUGGACGCGUCUCGGCCUCGCCGCCAGAGGCUCCAGAGAGCGUCACCACUUCCGGUGUUCCCUCGUACGAGCCGUCAGCGACUUCUAGCAGCUAUGCUGGCAGCGCAAGCGACUACGACUCUAGCGGAACGACCGCCGGAGUGGAUCUCCUUGAGUACAUGGGCGACCGCGUGAACGGCUCAUUCGACCCGACGCCGUUGGAUCGCAGCCUGGCGAGACAAGCGCAAACGUCCGGCGAACUCAACGCCAAGCACCGCGAACUGCUCGAGCUACAGGCACUGGCGCAGCGGCGAUUGGCCGGCGCACGAGCAAACUUCGCAGACGGCAUGAGAGCCGCCAAAGACGUGCAGAAGGAUCUGCAGUGGACGCAGAAGCGAGUAGAUUCCCUGAACGAGCGCGCAGCACGCAAAUAUCCCGAGCAAUACAAAGCCGCUCAGCGACGGUACCCAGCGCCCGUCGACUACUAGUCCGCCAAAUGCCAUACCACCACCAAACGGCUCCCUGUGGAUGACUUUCUCUAUACAUUUCGGUUUCUCUUCAAAAGUCUUGGCACUGCCUUUCACCUCUUCAACACUAUGAA